AUGUCGUUCCGCUCUGCCCUUCGACCUGCCUUGCGUCCCGCGCUCGCAUCCCUUUCCGGCCUUUCCAUCUACGCGGGGAUCCGACACUCGAGCUCGUCCAGCUCACAAGUGGCAACAUGCACGCGGUGGCUCGUGCGCGAUGCGUGGUCUGGCGCGCCGCGUGAGUGUCCCACCCCGCUCGUCCUCCUCCGCACGCCGGGCCUGAGCCUGGGGAGCGGUGGAGCGAGCGUGGGCGUGUCCAAGGCGACAGAGGAGACGUGGUACGAGUGGGCCGACAUGUUCGCUACGAGAGGGUACACGACUGUUGAGGUGGAUGUCAGCGUCGCCUCUGCGCCAGCCUCAGCAGCAGACACCGCCAAUGGCAGCAGCGACGACAGCAGUACCGGAAACGGCGCACCGUCGUUCCCGCGCGAGAUCGCCGCUGCAAAGUCGGCGUUGAACGACCAGAUCCGUCUGCUCAACAUCCCGUUUGCGCCCAUUAUCGUCGCGUCGGGUCCCUCGUGUCUCGUCGCGCAGGCGUACAUCUCCGACCACGCCGCCAGCGGCCUGGUCCUCGUCUCACCCCCGCCUGACGCCGACCCGCGCACCGAAGCUACAACGCAGGAAGCCGGCUGGGCCUAUCCCCGGUUUACGUACGAGCCGCGUUUCCCGAUCCUGCUCGUCGCCGAGCCGGGACAGGAAGAGGCCGUCACAGCGAGCAGGGUCGGCAGCGCUGCCGAGGAUGGCGUGGGCCGCGGAGGCAAGGGAGUGAGCAUCCAGGUCGCGACGGAUGGACCGAGGGGCGAGAAGACUCGGAUGGAGGUGGAGCGCUGGAUGGACAGUUGCGGUUUCUAA